CUAGCAUUCUAGCCAGUGUCGGUAUGUAUAUAUAACAUAAUAGAUAAUAAUCAUACCUUUUACUGACCGGCGCUGAAGACAGGGAUAAAUAUUGCAGUUCUUCUAAAAUCUCACCGGAUAAACCGAGCAAAUUCCAAAGGAGCACGGGACCUCCAGAGAGUGAGAGGUCGACAUCAGAGCUGCCAUGAACAGUAUCCACAUCGUCACUGCCGCAGUGUGGAUAUCUGCCUUAAUAUCUGUCCACGCCCAGACAGAAAGCCGUUGCUCUUUAGAUAAGUAUUUUCUCUGUGAUGACAAUGCCGAUUGUACGGACAAUGUAAACGGGUCGUUUACUUGUACCUGUAAACCAGAUUACCAAGGCGACGGACUGAAGGGGGACAACCACACUGGCUGCAGACUGGCGGGAGACCACCAUCCGUGCAACAAUGAGACAGCAGCAGAGGAAUGCCACUCCUAUGCGUUCUGUUCAGCAGGCGGAUAUUGCGAAUGUAAUUCUGGAUACAAGGGUGAUGGCAAAAAUGACUGCAAAGACAUUGAUGAAUGUGCCACGUUAAAUCCAUGCCAUGUCAAUGCUAACUGUCAGAAUCAGCUGGGAACCUUUGAGUGUAUAUGUAAAGCCGGAUACAAAGGAGAUGGCUAUAACUGCACUUAUUACUGUACACAUAACGAACAAUGCCACAGUGAUGCUGUUUGUGUGAACUCAGAAUGUGUGUGUAAUGGUGGCUUCUCUGGAAAUGGAACGCAUUGUACAGAUGUCAAUGAGUGUGAUCUGAAGACCUACACAUGUGACCCUAAUGCGGAGUGCGAGAACAUCGUGGGAAGCUAUUACUGCAUCUGUAACGCUGGCUAUACUGGGAGUGGAAAAUCCUGCACGCUAAUGCCCAAAAAUUGUGAUGAAAUUUUUCAAAAGAACAAGAUGUCCAAAGAUGGAGUGUACACAAUUGAUGCUGAUGGCACAGGACCCAUUCCUGAGUUCCAGGUUUACUGUGAUAUGCGCCCGAACCUAGGAAUCACCAUCAUGAACACCACUGCCCCCACGACACAGAUCACUCAAGGUCGUCCAGAGGUCACGGUCACCUACAACGCCACCCACCCUCAGAUCAUCAAGGUCAUAGAGACCUCAAACUUCUGCUAUCAGUACAUGGGAACAACAUGCAGAAACAAUGCUAAAACUCUGGAUGGCAAUGACUACUGGGUCGAUGGCAAAGGAACUCAACACAAGACGUGGGGAGGGGCUACAUUCCAGGGCAAGUGUUCAUGUGGUCAAAUGAGAUACUGUGAGACCAGACAGGCCAACUGUAACUGUGAUGGCACAAGGUCAGGGGUCAAGGACGAAGGGAAGAUACUGGACAAGGCUCUACUGCCGAUACAGAAGGUUCACUUUGGUCUUGACAGCUCAUCUCAGUUGAUGGACGUUGAGAUUGGAAAUGUAGUGUGUGGACCUAAACCAUUUGAUUUCCCCAUUGACUGUGACGAUGCCAAGUUUAACACUCUGUACAAGGUUAAGGAGGAUGGCCCUCAGAUCAUUGAUAUAGACGGCCCUGAUGGCCCCGCCAACCCGGUCCUAGUCCACUGUGACAUGGAGUCCUACCCUCACGUAGGGAUAACCGUCAUCCCCCACGACAACUAUGAUCCAGUCAGCCCCACAGCCCCAGAACAACACAGUUUGACCUAUGUCAUUGACAAGCCGUCCAUACUGAAGAUCAUUGAGGAGUCGGCCUUCUGUCGGCAGGAAGUGGAGUACAGCUGCACUGAUUCAAGGCUGAUGAACGGAGGGGACAAGAAGGGAUUCUUCAGCGACCUGAAUGGGGUGGUCAAGGACUACUGGCCCGGCGGUAAUGGGGUGGCAGGAAUGUGUGGAUGUGGUCUGACCAAGACUUGUGCCGAACCAGACAAAAAUUGUAAUUGUGACACAAUGGACGGCCGACCCAGGAAAGACAUAGGUGUUGUCACCAAACCAGAGGACCUCCCCGUUGGGUCUGUGACCUUCAAUGAGAUUGGGGACAGUAGCAGUGGACAGUAUUUUGUGGCCCCCCUCAAAUGUAGCAGACAAGAAUUUGGGUUUGAGGUCAACUGUCAAGGCUACCUCAACAGAGGUCAGAACUACAGCUACACAUACAUGGUAGAUGUUGAUGGCCCCUCCCCAAGAGACAAGUCUGACCCCACCAAUGUGGAGCCCUUCCCUGUGGAAUGUCAGAUGCAGAUGGAGCCCCCACUUGGUAUUACCAUUGUACAUCACGAGCAAGAAUCACAGCAAACAAUUAUAGGAGGAAGCCUAUCAUUUAAGUACCGCUAUGUCACAGACGAGCAGCUCGCCAAACUACGCGUCCGAUCAGUGUACUGUUCUCAGUCUGUGGUCCAUUCCUGUGUCAAGUCUCCAGUGUUUGCACAAGAUGGGACCUCGAUUGGUUACUGGGAGGACCUAAGUGGUACCAAGCACUACUAUUACACCGGUAAGGAGGGAGAGGGGUGUGCCUGUAGUUUGACCCAGAGCUGUGCGGGGGGAUCCACCACCAAAUGUAACUGCGACAUCAAUGACAGCACACUCAGAAAUGACACAGGGACUUUGGUGGACAAAGAGGUGUUGCCAGUCAAGAAAAUGGUUUUCAGUGUCACUGGAACGUCUACUGUCGACAUUGGUCCACUCAGAUGUUUAGAGGUGUUCCCUACUUGUGCAGAUCUUUACAACUUUAUGAUUGGCAAGAGGUUUGAGAGCGAGAAGAUGUUGGACAGUAACCGUGACUACACGGUAGAUCCGGACGGAGCAGAGGGAGUGGAUCCUUUUGUGGUCAGCUGUCAGUUCCCGAUGACUGUCAUCAAAAUUGGUCCAGGCUACUUUAACUACACAUAUGGCCAGCCAGGGGAUUCUCCAGUGACCAAAUGUUUUCAAAUCGAUUACGAGCCAGAUAUUUCCAAAGAACAGAUACAGGCUUUGGUUGAGAAAAGUAGUCAUUGUACACAACACUUGAGGUAUACCUGUAAAAAUGCCCCCAAAACUGGCAAAGUUACAUACAGUACAUGUGAUGGAACUCUCAAGAAAGGUUGGGGAGGAUCGGGUGGGAUAGAUGCAUGUGCCUGCGGAACCAGUGGCACCUGUGAGGGACCGGCAGGGGCCAAGUGUAACUGUGACCUCGAGGACGGUCAGAGUCGCAGCGACGACGGGUGGAUCUACGACAAGACCCGCCUCCCUGUGUGUGAGGUGUGUAUCACCCUGGACCCCACCACUCCGGUGAUGACCAGUCGUACAGCGGCCUAUGUGGUGUCUAACCUUCACUGCAACAGUGGACCAAUUGGAAUGUAUGGUUCGUGUCAGGCCAGAAGGAACACCGGAGAACUGAAGAAUGUAACAACGUAUGUAGAUCCAGAUGGACUGUGGUCCGGAGAGCCUGGAUUCCCAGUAUACUGCUCUUAUAUUCCACAUCCUCCAGUUGGAUUCACAGAAAUUCGACCAAAGGAACCAGAGAUUAUCGUAGAGUAUAUUCCAGGAGAGAUAGAAAUUUUAUACUACCUCUUUAACAUUACCAUGGUUCACAGUCUGGUGGAGAAGUCUCAGUACUGUGAACAGGAAAUCUAUGUCCUGUGUAACGGAGCGCCCCAGCCCAGUGAACAAACCGGGCGCAAGAUGAACGACUGGGAACCACAGGCCGAGGGAGGAGGAAUCCAGUGUAAGGCGGGCAGCUGUAUCUGUACUCAGCAGGGAACGGAGGUGUACGGAGGCUUCAUCACGGUCAAGGACCUCCUCCCGGUCUCCUGGAUCAACCUCCCCCAGUCCACACAGCAGAGAAAACUUGUCACAGGCGCAAUGAAAUGUUACGAUGUGUAUCCUGAUUGUAAUGAAAUCAAACUUGCCAAGAUGGACAAGAAUCCACUGAGGAACAACCUGUACGCUAUAGACCCCGACGGUGCAGGUGGAGUGCCUCUAUUCCCGGCCUACUGCGACUUCAAAACCAAUGAAAGAAUUGGCAUCACUGAGAUUCCUGUUGAAGAGCCAGGUGUGCCCUUCAAGCUGACAGUGACUGGACAGCCAGACCCAGAGAAGAACAAGCACUCCAUCCUGUACCCUGAUGCCACACCAGAACAAAUCCACGAACUGACAUCAAGGUCAUCCUUCUGUCACCAGGGUAUCCAAUACGAAUGUGUGGAGAGUCCUAUAACAGACGCUGGUUACUAUGAUAUAUACAAUGGCUCCAGUGUGUCCAGUUUUGGUACUGGGUAUGCUUCCUCUACAGAAGGCUGUGCUUGUACAUUGACCAACACCUGUCCCGCCGGGAGACUCUGUCAUUGUGACGCUAAAGGCAGUAUGGUGGCCUAUGAUGUAGGGGAGGUAACCGAUGGAAGCAUCUUGCCGGUGACUGAACUCAGCUUUGGUGGUCAGACCACUAGUGGUGCCAAGGCUACCGCUACCCUCACCAACGUCAGGUGUGGGCCCCCUGGAGAGGUGUUCGAUUUGCCCAAGGAUUGUGAGGAAGCUUACAAGAAUGGAUAUAAGACUGGAGAAGUGAUGAUCUGGCCAACAGCCACCAUCAAACCGUUCUUUGUGUACUGUGAUAUGGAACUGGUGCCCAACCAUGGGGUAACAAUCAUUGGUAACGACAGGGAGGAAAAAACUCCUGUGGAUGGAACCAAGGUGGUGACGGUCACCUACAACAAUGUGACGGAGGAGCAGGUGGAAUCGCUGACCCAUAUCUCCUCAUUCUGCUUCCAGCCGGUCAAGUAUGACUGCUACAACACUCUGUUUAUUGGGAGCAACCUGUUUAACUGGGUAGGAGGCAAUGUACAGGAUAAUAGAUUCCUGGGGAUCGGUGGGGAGGGAGAGUGUACCUGUGCCAAGUCUCAGCAGUGUGGGGGUAACGUCAGCGAAGCCAUCCUCAGAACUAGGAAAUGUAAUUGUGAUGCGGCGGAGCUACAGUGGCGUCGUGACGGAGGGGUCAUCAACAGCACCAGUAAGCUCCCUGUGAAGACCCUCAACUUCAUGGACAGCCAGCGGGAGGAGGCACAGGGAAUCAUCACUCUAGGGAAACUAUACUGCGCACAGGUUGACUUUGAUCUGGAUGAGUGUAAGAUGGAUUUUGAUGACUGUGAUUCGAAUGCAGUCUGCAUCAACAAGUACGGAUCAUUCGGCUGUAAAUGUAAGGCCGGAUACAACGGAUACCCGGAGCAGCCCGGACGGUGGGCAAAUGGACGAAACUGUUUUGAUGACGAUGAGUGUGCUCUGUUGAGAUGCCCCCACUCUGCAGUGUGUACCAACACCAUUGGUUCCUUCAAGUGUACCUGUAAGGCUGGCUAUAUACAAACCUCCCCCACCACCUGUCAGGACAUCAAUGAGUGUGCGGACCCGAGUCUGAAUGACUGUGACCCCAAUGCCAAGUGUUACAAUCUGGAGGGAACCUUUGAGUGUCGGUGUAAGCGUGGAUAUCGGGGAGAUGGCAAGAUCUGUGAAUCUGUUGGUCUGUGUUCCUGUUUUGGUGACCCCCACUGUAUCUCGUUUGACCAGCGAUGGCUGCACUUCCAGGGAGACUGUCAGUACGUCAUGUCCAAGGACGGUUGUCACGGUACCACCCCCACCUACCAAGUCCUGACCACUCACUGGAACCAGGACCGCCCAGAGGCCACCGGAGUCUCCUGGGUCAAAUCUGUCACCGUCAUCCUACCUGGAUAUACUGUAGAGUUGUUGCAAAACUAUGAAGUGAGAGUAAACCAGCUGAAGAGAACCUUGCCGUACAAACCAGAGGGGAGACUACUCAUCAGACGAUAUGGAAAUUGGGUGGAAGUGUACAGUGAGCUGGGAGUACAGGUGAACUGGGACGGGUUCCAGGCGGUGGAGAUUCAGCUGACCAAGAGCUUCCAGAACCAGACGUGUGGACUGUGUGGAGACUACAACCAGAAUCCGGACGAUGACUGGAGGCUGGGGCCGGAGUGUGAUGUCACCGGGGAAAUCACUGAAAACUUCAACAAGUUUGGUAACUCCUAUGUGGUGAAGAGUUAUGCCGACAACAAUCCUACAUGUUCCCACAACUGCUUCGCCCCACCGGAGGAGCCAGAGUGUAAAGAGACAGAGAAACAGAUCGCUGAGUACUACUGUAACCAGGUGUUUGACCUCAACGGCAAAUUGAAGUCCUGCCUGACGAGGAUGGAGCCGUCGGACCUGGAGCAGUAUAAGACUUCCUGUGUGUACGACGUGUGCUGGGUCAACGACGAAAUCUGUAAGAUCGCUAGUCAGCUGGUCAAAGACUGUCAGAACAACUAUGGCAUGAACCUCACCGACUGGCGCUCUCCCAAACUCUGUGAGAUAACCUGUGGAGAGAACAUGGAGUAUUUGACAUGUGCUACCUCCGACCGUAUGAAGACCUGCGCGGACAUCAUGGGAACAGCAGCCUUGCCCACCCAGGACCUGUGUCAGGAGGGGUGCUACUGUAAGGAGGGCAUGGUGCUGGAUGGGGACAAGUGUGUCGACCCCGGAGACUGUGGCUGUAACUACAAAGGGGAAUACUACACUGCAGGGCAGGUGCUUGUUCCUGAGGGAUGUGAUGUCAGCAUGGUGUGUAGUGAGACCACCAAAAAGUUUGACUCUACUCCACUAAAAUGUCACACUGACGCCUCAUGUAAAUUCGAGGAUGGUAUCUAUGGCUGCCACUGUAACUACAUGUACCGAGGAGAUGGACAGAACUGUACUUAUGACCCUUGUGGAAACAAACCUUGUGGGAAGAAUCAGACCUGUGUGGUGACGGAUACAGGCUUUGUGUGUGAGUGCAUGAUGGGAUACCAAGGAGAUUGUAACAAAUGUGAAGACAUUGAUGAGUGUGCCACUCAAACAGAUGAAUGUCCAGAUAAUUCCCGGUGUAUCAACACUCCAGGCUCAUACCGCUGUGAAUGCUGGUCUGGGUUUACAAAGAUUGGGGAAAUUUGUGAGGAUAUUGAUGAAUGUGAGAUUACCAGCCUGAACAAAUGUAACUCCUCCACAAGGUGCUUUAACCGACCGGGAGGGUACCACUGUGAACCCUGUGAUGAUGCAUCAGCAGUCAAGUGCUGUGCCUGCUUUGGCUAUCGAUGUAAAAUUCCAGGACAGGUUUGUGGAACAGAUGGCAAAACUUAUAAUUCUGAGAAAGACCUGAUUAUAGAGGCAUGUGAGACAGGGAAGAGUGGUUACUUUGGACUGAGGGUUGACUACAAAGGACCAUGUAUAGAUGUUUGUCAAGACCAGUGUCCAACGUGGCAGAAAUGUCGAAUUGAUGACAAAGGAAAGCCAACCUGCGAGUGCGAGGAAUGCACCGCGGAGGAAUCGCAGCCAGAUAGUCCAAAAGUGUGCAGUAACAUGCUGGACCUUUACCCCAACAUGUGUGUGUUCAAGAAAGUCAUGUGUAUGCUGGAUUUGGAACACGUUCCCCUCAACACAACAACACCAUGCUUUGACAAAUCAGGAGAGCCAGUGACCUCUGACUGGUCCCCGUGGACCACCUGCAGCGUUACCUGUGGGCGGGGGACCCAGACAAGGACCCGUAAACCAACCCGCGACUUUGACGCCUUCCUGGCUGGUAAAUACCCUCUAGAGGAUGUCAAGAAAUGCUACAUGGAUCCCUGCCCAGAUGGUCCUUGUUAUGAGUUUAACUGCACAGUGUCCUCUGAGGUCUGUCUGGUGAUUGCUAACAAGGCCAAGUGCGAGUGUCCCGAGUGUAGCGGACUGGAGGAGGAUAGUGUGUGUGCGAUGGUCGGACCGGACAGGGACACGUACAAGAACCCGUGUGAGGCCCGCAGGGAGGCCUGUAACAAUAGUCUGCCCAUGGAGGUUCUGAAUGAGGGAGAGUGUGGAGUGGCCCCACUGAACUGUACACGAAUGCCCCAUCUAAUUUCCAUCACAAGUGAUGAUGGGUGUGUUUCCCAUACAAAGAUCAAUGUAGCUAAGUGUGAUGGUGGCUGUGGAAAGUUCUCCACUCUGUGUUGUGACAAAGCCGUCACCCGCAAGGAGGACGUGGCACUCAUCUGUCCAGACAACUCUGUCAAACACCAACUGGUGGAUGUCAUAGAAGAAUGUAAAUGUAAACCUGCUCCGAAGCCCACAAAGUAAAAACCUCCCUGCAGGGGCGGGGCGCCCACUCUCAUAUUCUGCAAUAAUUUCAUAGAACUAUCAUGCUAACAGUAGGACACUAAGCACAGUCAAAUUGUAAACUAGCCAUUUCUCUGGUGAUACUGUACUUAUUAAUUUUGAGCUUAAUUGGCAGCUAUUAAAGUUUUUUCAUUCAGCUGGUUUUUCUUCUUCUAUAUUUGAGGUGUCAGUUCAUACAACAAGUUUUCUAAGAUAGACCAUUAUAAUUGAAAUCCAGCAUGCUUUUAACGGAAAUCAUCCUUUUGUAUUAAACUUGUCAGUUUUAAAACUUUGACAAUAGAUGAGGGCCAUAGAGGAAUUAAAUUUUAAUUUAAACUGUACUUAAUGUACUUAAUGUACUUAAACUUAAUAUCAGUUGUCCAUUGAUGUAUUCUUGAAUGGUCUAUAUAGAUCAAACACUUAAUGUUGUUACAUGUUUGUGAUGAAUUAAAACAAUUAACAAAUGGCUGGUGUCACACAUUUUUUUCUACUAUCAUCUUUGUGUUGGAUCGCUUUCUUGGAUUUUAUUAUGUUAUAGGAAAGCACCUGUUAUGAUCAUCUAUUGCACCCAUGCUUCCAAGUGAACUAUUAACUAAUCAGUGUGUCUUUUAAUGACAACUUAUCUGUUUUCAUCUCGUAUAACUUCUAUUUUGAAUAAUAAAGUUCAUAGGUCAAUAUC